AUUGCACACAAUCAGUACAAUCAACAAUCAUGGGCAGUUUCGAUCAGAGCAAAGCAUACGCAGCACAGGAAGAGGAGGGCGCUUUCUUCGACGACGGUCGUGAGAUCGAGCUCCUGCACUUCGUUUACUCCCAUCCCAACAUCGAGAAGAUUCGGGGCUCGCCUGAAAAUGUUCUCUCAGCCAUUGACGAAUAUGGGCGCACGAAGAAAUACCUCAUGAACGUUGGAGAGGACAAGGGCCGUAUAGUAACAGAUUUGAUUGCAGAUGUCAAGCCUAAGACAAUGGUCGAACUCGGCGGUUACGUUGGCUACUCAUGCGUCCUUUUCGGUGAUGCAAUCCGCAAAGCUGGAGGGCAACGGUACUUCAGCUUGGAGCGUGAUCCUGCGUUUGCCGCGGUCAUCAUGUCUCUUGUCGACCUGGCAGGUCUUUCCGAUAUCGUCAAGGUCGUCGUUGGCUCCAGUGAUGAAUCAAUUGCUCGCCUGUACCAAUCUGGGCAGCUGAAGCACAUUGAUCUCAUGUUCCUCGACCACUACAAACCUGCCUACACGACCGAUCUCAAGCUUUGCGAAGAGCUGGGACUAAUUACCGAAGGCUCAGUGCUGGCUGCCGACAACGUGAUUAAGCCUGGAAACCCACCAUACCUUGAGUACGUCAGGAGCAGCGUCGAAGAGAAGCUCAAGAAGGCGAAGCAGAGCGGCAAUAGCAACACAGAAGGUAUUGCGGAGACCAACGUUAAGAUGUAUGAGAAGAGGUACGGUGAGGCCAAAUUCAACCAGAGCCCUGGAAAGCCGACUCUCAUCUACGAGAGUAAGCUAGUGAACAGCUACGAGCCGACUGGCGUACCCGAUGGCAUUGAGAUCACUCGCUGUACCGGAGAGCAGAAAUGAGCGAUGACUUCGCACAGCGCGAUAUGUUGGUAUAGAUUUGACAUCGGCUUCUGGUAGUACAGAUGUGUCAUCAGAAGACGCAGGAACCCGUGGAUAAAUGGGACGGCAAGAGCUGUCAGGACACCCUCAGCGGCUUCCAGCAUGUGGACAUAGUUCCUGCG